AUGUCAAGUGAUAUCAAGCGUGUAAUGUCAAGAAAAUCCCCUGCUGGUAUAUUGCAGAUUAUGGUGAAACAAUUAAUGGAAGAAGAAGGGUUAUGGGAAGAAACACUUACCUCAGACAUCCCAACAUCUUGGGAAAAAUAUGGAGAUUUAUUGUUGUUUAAUGGUGAAAAAUAUUUUCGUGAUGAUCGAUGGAAACAUACUCCCAAUUUAUGGCAGUGUAUUUGUAAGGCAUUAAAAGCAAAACGUAUUGGUUUUAAGCAUUUUAUAUCGGAAGAUUCAUUUCGUUCACCUAACGUAAAAUUAGUGUACGGCGUCAAUUCUUGGGUUGAAUUUAAAGAUAAUGGUGUUAUUUUCACUUGGGAUGUACAAUUCAAUAUGUUUUGUGCAGGAAAUGCACCAGAACGUCAUAGGAUUGCGACUUUUCUCUGUGAGGGAGAAACUGUUGUAGACAUGUAUGCUGGAAUCGGUUACUUUACCCUUCCAUAUUUAGUUAAAGCCAAAGCAAAGUUGGUAUAUGCUUGCGAGUGGAAUCCAAGGGCUGUUAAAGCAUUGAAAAUUAAUUUGAGCAUUAAUAAGGUUGCCAGUAAAUGUAUUGUUUAUGAAGGAGAUAGUAGAUUGGUCUGUCCAAAAGGCAUUGCUGAUAGAGUUAAUUUAGGUUUGCUACCAUCUUCAGAAUCAGGGUGGCAAGCUGCUUGUGAGGCAUUAAAUCCUAUAUCUGGUGGUGUCUUACAUAUCCAUGGAAACGUCACGUCUAUCAAGAAUAAGAAAAUAACAAACGAUAAAUUUGGUUGUAAAGAUUGUGUGGAUAUUCUUUGCAACUAUGAUCCUAAUGAAAAAGAUUUGAACAAUAAUAAAUUUUGUUCUGAUGUAGGAAUUCAACCAUCAUUUAUUUUUCAUUCUAAAACUGUAAUUCCUGUUACAAAUGUGUCGAUAAAAUGGAAACAAAUGGAAUGGAAAUUAUGGUCAUUGCAUGUGUGUCAUAAAUUAAGUGAUAUUUUUUGUUCAGUACAUGAACAAGUUUGGAAAUUACAAAUCUGUAAUCUACAUCGUGUUAAAUCCUAUGCACCACAUAUUGACCAUUUAGUGUUGGAUGUGAAAUGUACUCCUCAGGAAUACUUGGUGCAAUAA